CUCAAAUUUGCGACGCCGUAACCUCAAAAAGAUUGAUUACAUAAUACAGUUGCACUCACCACUAUCAUACUACUGGCCUCGUCUGUCUCUCUUUGUUCCCCCCCUCCCCCCGUCUCUCUCUGCCUCACCCUUCCCUCUUCCCCCAAAAAUUUCCCCAUUUUCUCUCUCCUCUGCCCUCACCUGGGUUUUGGAUCCACCUACCCUUUCCCCCAAAUCAAUCAACCAAAUCUUACAAUUGACAACAAGAUUUAGGGUUGAGUUUUUUUGUAGGGUUGAUUUUUGAGGGUGGUUGUAGUAGUGGUGGUGGCAGCCAUUAAAGGACCUUUAGAAGAGAGAUAAAAUGGAGUCUCUUGGGACUAACAAUGGUGGCAGUGGUGUUGGAGGGAAGAGGAAGAUAGAGGACCAAGUUGAGCUUGCGAAGCAAAAAGCUCAAGCCAUCGCUGCUCGUCUUCUUAGCGACGCCGAUUCUAAGCGCCCUCGCACUCUUCCCGAUUCUUCUUCGACUACUCCUGAUUACUCUUCUCCUUCUUUUACCUCAUCUCAUUCUUCGUAUCCUGUGUCUUAUGCUACUCAAACAAGUCAGUACAGUAAUGUACCAAGCAGCAAGAAGAUCGUUAUUCCAAAUGCUAAGGUUGGUGUUAUUAUUGGAAGAGGAGGUGAAAUGAUCAAAACGCUUCAACUAGAAUCAGGUGCUAAAAUCCAAAUAACUCGGGAUGCUGAGUCUGAUCCUUCUUCUUUGACAAGGGAUGUUGAGCUGAUGGGUACCCAGGAGCAAAUUAGCAGAGCAGAACAACGAAUUAAUGAAGUAAUUGCUGAGACAGACGCGACAAGCUCUACCCCAUCUGGAAACAGAGGUCCUCCUCCCCCACAAGCUGGAGGUGAACAGUUUGUGAUGAAAGUCCCGAAUGACAAGGUUGCUCUGGUCAUUGGAAAAGGAGGAGAAACCAUAAAAACAAUGCAAAGCAAGUCUGGUGCUCGUAUUCAGGUUGUUCCGCUUCAUCUUCCUCCUGGUGAUUUCUCAACAGAAAGGAAUAUUUAUAUAAACGGAACACCAGAGCAGAUUGAAGCUGCCAAAGAGCUGGUCAAUGAAGUUAUUAGUGGGAACCGUUCGAAGGUUUCGUCUGGGACUAAUUCAUACCAACAGUCUGGCUACCCUCCUAGUACUGGCUGGACUCCUCAGGGUCAAUCUUCUGCACAGCAGCCUCCUGCAUAUGGCUACUCACAGCCUGGAACAUAUGCUAUGCCACCACCACCUUAUUAUGGCGGCUAUCCUCCACAGGCAAAUGCGUGGGACCAAAAUCAAACAGCUGCUCCACCUCAGCAGCAGAACACUGGGUACAGUGCGUACGGACAAGCUCAACCACCAUCGUCAACCCCCUCGAAUGCUGCUAAUUACAAUUAUGGCCAGAUGCCGCCAGCUGCAGGCUACAACUACAAUCAAGGGUACGCCCAACAGCCACCAAGUUAUGGUGAUGUCUCAGGUCAAACUACAGCUUCCCAGCCCGAAGGUACAGCUGCUGUCCAAACUUCUCAGCCCAGUUAUGGAGCCCCUGAUGGAACGACCCAAACCCAACCCGCAUCUGCAUAUGCAACGGGCUACAGUCAGCCCGCAGCUGCUCCUGUGAACGGUUAUAGUGCAUAUCCGAGUUAUUCUAGUUCAGCAGCACCUGUUCAGCCAGCUUAUAAUCAAACAGGCUAUUCACAGACAGGUUAUGGACAGCAGCAGCAGCAAGAAGGUCAAGUUGCAAACCAGGCAUCGUACUCAUAUUACGGACAAGGUGGGUACCCACCAUCUCAAGCCCCCGCUCAAGGAGGCUAUUAUCAGAGUGGCUAUCCUCCAACUGUUCCUCCACCACAAGUGCCGCCAACACAGCCACAAGCAACUAAUGGUGUUUCCCAGACAUCUUAUGCUGACGGCGGAGACUCGGCUACUGGGUCUGGUGCUGCUGCUGCUGCAGAGGAAAGUGAAAAUCCUCAAAGCUGACACUUCAGUUGAUGAGGGCAUCAUGGUAUUUGCUCCUUUGCUUCUAUUGUAGUAGUAUUUCUGUCUCUUUAAAUGUUUGAAAGAUCUCUUCUGUUACAAUUUACCCAGAAAAACUAUAGGGGUUGAUGAUUUAGACUUAAAAGGUGCUCGAAGAAUUUUGAGUUUUUAACCUGUUUAAAUUUUGCUAA